UCUUCCCUCACUUCUUUCGUCAUCGUACGUACCCCGUGACCCGCCCACUCUUCCACCAUCCACCUCCAAUAGUCAAGUAUCAUCUUGUGCUAUUUUCCGGAGCAUCACCAACAUGUCUUCUGAUAUCAAGCGUAAAGUAGUUCUUAUCACAGGCGCUGGUAGUGGAAUUGGGUAAGUGCUUUCCCCACGACACCAUGAAUACCUUAAAAUAACCACCAACUAGUCGCGCAACAGCUAUCAAACUCCACGUAUUAGGAGCAAUCCUAGCUAUCACCGAUCGCGAUAUUUUUGGCACCCAAGAGACUUACCGUCUGUGUGGUGGAAAGCCUCAUUACUGGGGUGUUCUAGACGUCACCAAUAAAGAUGAUAUCUCAAUUCGAAUUGCAGAAAUUGUCAGUCGCUUCGAACAUAUCGAUCAUGUUUUCAAUUGUGCGGGCAUCAAUCCAACCACGUACGCGCUUACAGAUACAAGCGAUGAGUACUUUGAUAGUCUCAUGAAUGUCAAUGUAAAAGGCGUUUACAAUAUCACAAAAGGUCCGUCUUCCAAUUCCCCAUAAGUAACGUUCCGCUAACCAGGCAAAGAAACAAUUCUAUAUAUGGCAAAGGGGGUUGGAAGCUACGUGAACGUCUCUUCCAUUUGUGGACUUCGACCUAAAAACGGAUUCGCUAUUUACUGUGCGACGAAAUAUGCUAUCAUUGGAUUCAGCAAAAGCAUGGCUUUGGAACUUGGGCCAAUGGGCAUUCGUACUAAUGUUGUGGCACCGGGAUAUAUCGAUACACCAACCAAUGCAGCGGUGGUCGAAGGACAAGAAGCUGUCAAGGCUAUGGUUGAUGCGACGAGUUUGGGAAGGAUGGGCACUGCGGAGGAAGUUGCUGAUGUGGUGGUCUUUUUGAUGAGUAAGGAGGCGAGGUAUAUGAAUGGAAGUGUUGUGGAGAUUGAUGGAGGUAUCAAGCUGAUUUAGCUUUGUGAAAGUGUAUUCGGGACUCUACUGGAUGAUCUGGGGGAACAUGAAGUUUCACGAUGGUUGGGUUUAUCAGAGGGAAGAAGAUUAAUUAUUUUACAUACUCGGUCCCUUCCUUGGUACAUUUCUUUUUCGCUACAAGUCGUCUAGUUGGGUUUUGUAGUUGAGAUAGAGAGGAGAAGAAUUGGGAUUGGGAAUUGACUUAUGAUGAUAAGGGAGCGGAAAAAGUCUCUUGGUGUUGGUGGUAUUAGUAUUGUCAUUCCAUACCGUUGGAAUUGCUGCAAGGCGUAAAAGAAAUA